AUGGCACAAAUUGGUGGGCAGUGUGAAUUGAAAGCCAUCGAAAAAGAGAAAACAGUUGCAGCCCUGUCACCCAAGGAGGCAAGCAAAUGCCACAAAGAAGAUUUGGCCAAAGCAUUUUAUGUGGACUUAGAAAAUGGGCUGUCUGAGUUCUCGGUGUCGCAACGGAGACAGGUCCAUGGCUGGAAUGAAUUUGUCGCUGAUAACACCGACCCCGUGUGGAAGAAAUAUCUUGAUCAGUUUAAGAACCCCCUCAUCCUGCUGCUCCUGGCCUCCGCCCUGGUGAGCGUCCUCACGAAGGAGUAUGAGGAUGCCAUCAGCAUCGCCCUGGCCGUGAUGAUCGUGGUCACUGUCGCCUUCAUCCAGGAAUACAGGUCGGAGAAAUCACUAGAAGAGCUAAGCAAGCUGGUUCCUCCCGAAUGUAACUGCAUAAGAGAAGGAAAGCUCCAACAUCUGCUUGCACGAGACCUGGUUCCCGGAGACAUUGUGUCUCUUUCGAUCGGAGACCGGAUCCCUGCAGACAUCCGUCUCACUGAGGUCACGGACCUCCUGGUGGACGAGUCCAGCUUCACAGGAGAAGCCGAGCCGUGCAGUAAGACAGACAGCCCGCUGACAAGUGGAGGGGACCUCACCACUCUGAGCAACAUUGUCUUCAUGGGGACCCUGGUGCAGUAUGGGAAGGGGCAGGGAGUCGUGAUUGGAACAGGGGAAAGGUCCCAAUUCGGAGAAGUGUUCAAGAUGAUGCAGGCUGAAGAGACGCCUAAAACCCCACUACAAAAAAGCAUGGACAAGCUAGGGAAGCAGCUGACACUUUUCUCGUUUGGCAUCAUCGGCUUGAUCAUGUUCACUGGCUGGCUGCAAGGGAAGCAGCUCCUCAGCAUGUUCACGAUCGGGGUCAGCCUGGCUGUGGCUGCCAUUCCCGAGGGUCUGCCUAUUGUCGUCACGGUUACGCUGGUCCUGGGAGUGCUGCGGAUGGCCAAGAAGCGCGUCAUCGUGAAGAAGUUACCAAUCGUGGAGACCUUAGGUUGCUGCAGUGUCAUCUGUUCGGAUAAGACAGGGACGCUGACCGCCAAUGAGAUGACCGUCACCCAGCUGGUGACGUCCGAUGGGCUCCAUGCUGAGGUCAGCGGAGUUGGGUAUGAUGGCAAAGGGACUGUCUGUCUGUUACCCUCAAAGGAAGUCAUUAAGGAGUUCAGCAACGUCUCGGUGGGGAAAUUAGUAGAGGCAGGCUGUGUGGCCAACAACGCCAUCAUCAGAAAAAACGCCGUGAUGGGACAGCCCACGGAAGGUGCGCUGAUCGCCCUGGCCAUGAAGAUGGACUUAAGUGAUACUAAAGAUUCAUAUGUGAGAAAAAAAGAGAUUCCAUUCAGUUCGGAGCAGAAAUGGAUGGCAGUAAAGUGCAGCCCCAAGAACGAGGACCAGGAAGACAUUUACUUCAUGAAGGGGGCCUUUGAAGAAGUGAUUAAUUACUGUACCAUGUACAACAAUGGAGGCAUCCCCCUGCCACUGACACCCCAACAGAGAUCCUUCUGCCAGCAGGAAGAGAAGAGGAUGGGGUCACUUGGCUUGCGUGUGCUGGCCCUGGCCUCUGGGCCCGAGCUGGGGAGGCUGACUUUCCUGGGGCUCGUCGGGAUCAUCGACCCUCCGAGGGCUGGCGUGAAGGAAGCAGUGCAGGUGCUCUGUCAGUCGGGCGUGUCGGUGAAGAUGAUAACGGGCGACGGCCUGGAGACCGCCUACGCCAUAGGAAGGAACAUCGGCCUUUGCAAUGGGAAGCUGAGAGCCAUGUCCGGGGAAGAGGUGGACAGUAUGGAGCAGGAAGAGCUGACUGACCGCGUCGGAAAGGUAUCUGUGUUCUUCAGGACCAGCCCAAAGCACAAGCUCAAAAUCAUAAAGGCUUUGCAGGAAUCGGGGGCAAUCGUGGCCAUGACAGGAGAUGGGGUGAAUGAUGCGGUCGCCCUGAAGUCCGCGGACAUCGGGAUUGCCAUGGGGCAGACGGGGACAGACGUUAGCAAAGAGGCUGCCAGCAUGAUCCUCGUGGACGAUGACUUCUCAACCAUCAUGAAUGCGGUGGAGGAAGGCAAGGGGAUUUUUCAUAACAUCAAAAACUUCGUCCGGUUUCAGCUGAGCACGAGCAUCUCAGCCUUGAGCCUCAUCACUCUGUCCACUGUGUGCAACCUGCCCAGCCCCCUCAACGCCAUGCAGAUCCUGUGGAUCAACAUCAUCAUGGACGGGCCACCAGCACAGAGCUUGGGGGUAGAGCCGGUGGACAGAGACACCCUCCAGCAGCCCCCACGGAACGUCAAGGACACCAUCCUCGGUAGAGCCCUCAUCCUUAAGAUCCUUCUGUCGGCUGCCGUCAUCAUCAGCGGGACCCUCUUUAUCUUCUGGAAAGAGAUCCCCGCAGACAGGGCCAGCACCCCACGCACCACGACCAUGACCUUCACCUGCUUUGUGUUCUUUGACCUCUUCAACGCCUUGACCUGCCGCUCUCAGACCAAGUUGAUAUUUGAGAUCGGUUUUCUCCGGAACCCCAUGUUCCUGUACUCGGUGCUGGGGUCAAUUCUGGGGCAGCUGGCCGUGAUUUACAUCCCUCCCCUGCAGAAGGUCUUCCAGACGGAGAACCUGGGCGCACUCGAUUUGUUGCUUUUAACUGGAUUGGCCUCAUCUGUGUUCAUUUUGUCAGAGCUCCUCAAACUAUGUGAAAAAUUCUUCUCCAGAGCCAAGAAAGCCCAGACUCACCCAGAAGACAUCUAGUGGCCCCCACCUGUGUAAAAUCCCUAAAUCUCUUUUUUCGUGACUGUGGCCCUUCCCCUAGCCCCUCGUCAGAGGGGUGCUCUUAGGACACCGUGCGGCCGGCCCCUCACCCGGCUCCACCCCUGGCCUCGGAGACGGGCUGGGAGCACACGGCACAGAAACACCUCGCUAUU